AUGGCCAACAAGCCCGCGAUACCCGAAUGGCAACGUGCCUCCGCCGGUAACGCUGCAGCGUCAUCGGAGCCCGAAGAAGCACGCGCGCAACACGCUGUCGAAGCCCCGACACCAACCGAAGACGACGUCGAGAAAGAUGAUAAGGAAGAGCAACCAUCAGAAAGCUCGGAACUACUAGAUCAAGCGUCGCGCUUCCUCGAAGAUGACACAAUCCGCGAUGCGCCGCGAGAGAAGAAGGUCGCGUUCCUGCAGUCAAAGGGUGUGCGCCCUGAGGACAUCGAGACUCUGCUAGGCCAAGAGCCACAAGAGAGCACACAUACAGAGCUCGAAGCAGUGGGAGAACGGGCGUGGUCAGAAACACCGCCAAAGCCGACCGAGGCACCCGAAGUCACAUCUCAGCCUCGCGAAGUCAUCAUUCAGCCCCGCGAAAUACCCCCGAUCGUCACCUACCCAGAGUUCCUUGCGAACACCGAAAAGCCACCACCACUCAUAACCACCCAGCGCCUCGUAACAACCGCAUAUGUAACGGGAGGCUUGAUGGCGAGCAUAUACGGGCUUUCAAGGUGGAUCAUUGCGCCCAUGACACACACCCUCGCCGAAUCAAGACAAGACUUUGCAUCGCAUACGCACGAACAGUUGAAGGAGCUGAACUCAAGACUGGAGAAGGCAGUAUCCGUGGAUCCUGCUAGCAAAGUAAAGGCGGUUACAGAUGCUGCAGAUGAUGUCUCAGAGGCAGACUCAGAUCCUACCGAGCUUUACCAUCGCGACUACGGCACCCAAACCACUCCCAACCUCUCCCGCCGACCAUCUACCUCUACAGACCCACACCCCACCGUAACAGCGCACGAAAACCGCCUCAAGAUCAUAAAAUCACAUCUUGAAGAGCUCGACACGAACCGUACCAACGACGGCAAAUCAAGGGAUGGAUUGCGGACGAAGGUGUCAGAUUUGACUUCAUAUCUGACCGAGAUGGACUAUCAAAACCAAUACUACCCUGGCAUGGGCCGCUAUGGAGCGACCUAUAACUGGUCUGGUCAGAGUGGCACAGCACAGAAUGAUCAGAUUGAGGUGCUGAAGAACGACAUCAGGGCUGUCAAAGGCGUAUUCUUGAGUGCGAGGAACUUUCCAGUGGGAGGUAGGAAUGCGCCGCCGAUACCUACCGGUAGAGUAGGUUCGUAA